AUGGGGAACGAUAGUGGGGACCUGUCGGUCCAGGAGAGGGAGGCCAAUGUGUCUGCCCAGCUGGAGGAACUGGAAGCCCUUGAAGCGAUAUAUGGGGAAGGUUAUGAGGCCGUGAGAGGUUCCGCCGCAUCGCCGCAGCUUCGCAUCCGGGUGUCCGAGAUCCCGCUCGUUAGCCUCCACUUGCGCUUACCUGUGGGGUACCCGUCCCGCGACUUUCCCGAAUUGGAGAUCAAAGCGCCGGGGCUCGGGCAGGCGGCACGCAGGAAAAUCCGCGAAGACUACACCAGCGGUUCUCCCGCAGCAGACGGCGGCGACAACAACGACGGCGACGAGCAAACCGUUUCGUCGCUCACCGCCACAGCGGGCAAAUUUGACGAGGACGAGGAGGGAGGGGAAGAACCACUGGAAGCGGAACUCCCGGCGGAAGAGUACGUGGAGAUAUUCCACGGCCAGGCUUUCACGGAUCGAAAGAGCACGUUCCAGGCACACCUCGCAAGGGUGUCCUCCGAGUCUCAGGUGACGUGGGUGAGGCGUCGACUGAUGGAAAACGGUAAGGUUGCCCGCGCGACCCACAACGUGGCCGCCUGGAGAGUAUGGGACGAGGCCAGGGGGGUUCAACUGCAUGACAACGACGACGAUGGUGAGAGUGCCGCGGGCAGCCGACUGGCGCACAUGCUGGCCAUCACUGGGGCUCAGAACGUCGUGGUGGUUGUGUCACGGUGGUACGGGGGCAUACACCUCGGACCCGACCGUUUCAAGCACAUCAACAACGCGGCGAGGGAACUGCUCGUGUACUGUGGCGCCACCAAAGCAGACGCGGAAGUAGGGGGAGGCGGGGCAGGUGGGAAGACAAGGGUUCGACGGAAACGAGGCUCGGGAGGCGGUGGAUCAUAGAUGCAAAAGUUGCGGCAGUACAUUUGACAAGGGGGCGUUGGCGGUGCGUAGAUGUGGCGGAACAGGUCAGCAGGUCCGUCCAGCACAACCUGGCGUCUCUCGAGGGUAGUUCGACGCUUCUUUCGGAGUUUAAGGGGAAAGAUCAUCAAACAGGAGACUCCCCUUUUGACAAGCUGCGAAAAAGCAACACAGAGCAACAAGAGAGCACUAUCAGGUUGCAAGUGCGUUUGUCCACUACUGUUCGGGCUUGAACAUGUGCCCAUCCGUUGACAUUCGGGCACGCGAUUUCCUGCCUAGGUUGCGGAGAAGCAAACGAGAUCCGCACAUACGUAACAAGGCGCGUGUUCCGUAAUCUUG